UAAUCUUUCAGUUUAAUAGAUUAGAUAAGGCGCGUUAUAAAGUUGAUUUGAUUAAUUCAAUACGGUGAACUUCGUUGAACUAAUAAGCUCAAAGCAUAUAUUUGUAAAAUUACACGUUUGCUAAUUACAAGAGCUAACGAGAAAGCGGCAACAACAAAACGAGUGGCAACAAGUGGAAUAUACAUUUUAAUUAUUAAUAAACUUUACCGCAUUUACUAGCAAACUAGCAACAAGGCAUUAAACUGGGUGAUUUCGACGAUUUGGACGAUUUUGCGAUGGAUUUCUGGGGAAUCUUUAUGUUCUUUCUUUUGACCUUCCUCAUUAUGAGUUGCUGUGGUUAUUGUUGCUCCAGCCAACGUCGGGGCACAGUGUUGUCAACACCCGUUGUAGUUACAUCGGCCACACACACAGCGCCUGGCGGUUAUCAAGUGACGGCAAUACCAGCAACAACCUAUCAACCCACUACAUACAGUACACCAUAUCCUGCACAGACUGCUGCUCCCAAUAUAACCGUGCAGAUGCCUAUGCCAAUGCCUUCAGCACAGCCACCAAUGCCUGGCAUGCAACCACAUGUUGCUCCCUAUCCGCCAGCGCAACAAUUUCCUGGCGCUGGAGGUGCGAAUAUGAGUCCACCAUCAUACGACGCAGCCAUGGCCAACUCUGCUCCCAGCGUUGUGCCCGCCGGCUACGAGAAGCAGAUGCCCUACAAUCCCAACUAUUGAUUCAAUCGAUUCCUUUGAUCUGUUCAUCGUUCAUCAUCUAUCCAUUUAGCCUGCAUUCCAAGCUGGAUUACAUCUCACAAAUCUUCGACCAAAAACAAAUGAACAGCCGCUUUAUAGUUGUCUAUAUAGCAUCAUAUAUAGACUCGAUGUACAGGCUAUAUACGAGAUGUCUUGGGGGCAUCCAAAGAUCCAACAUAAAAAGCCAUUCGUUGUUAUCAACAUAAUACAUUAUUUCCUUAGUCAUUAUUCACAAAUAUUUGUGAUGUAAAUAUGUUAAGAGCGACUUAUUUUUUAAUUUAUAUUAUGAACAUAAGAGCAAAGCUUAAAAUGAAAAGUGCUAAUAAAAGUGUGUGAUUUGCAACAAAUUAUGUUAUUUUAUGCAUAAUUUGCAGCAUUUACAAACCAAAAUAACAA